UUCGAAAAGAACCCAUCGACUGCCAUGUAUGCAGUCAAUACAUAGGUCCUCCAGCACCGGACAGGAUCUUCUUUACUGAUAAUGAUUGACAAUCACAGCGUGUUGUCUCAUCUCGGAGCGAUCGCAAAGAAUAUACACUGAAGAUAACAGCUCAUUAUCGCCGCGAAGAGCAUGCCCUUUAUAAAAGCCAGAGCGGCCUCAACGCCAGACGGCCUCCGCCGGAGACAUCUUUCUUAGUAAACAGACUGGCCACGUCAACAUCUUCUUAGCCAAGCCCCAGCCUCGCCCGGCCGGCAUUGCACAAGAUCUCCUGCGCUCCCACCCCUCCCGUCGCCCAAGAUGACAUCACCGGAAGAACACCAGGCCACAGAAUCGAGCACCGGCUCGUUGGACGCCAAGGUUGCCCUCGGCAAAACGCCCAGCUCGCUGAGCCAGCCGCAAUACGUGACACUCGAAAAGUAUACCGACGCCCACGCGGCGGACCACGCGCUGGACCAUGACGUCGCUGCGAUCGCGCACGAGCUCCAAGCUGAGGCACUGCAGCCAACGCCCACCGAGCUCCGCAGCGUGCUCCGCAAGAUCGACCUGUUGAUGAUGCCGAUGAUGUGCUGCGUCUACACGUUGACAUUCUUGGACAAGACAACCACCAACUACGCUCAUCUCCUCGGUUUCCAAAAUGACCUCCAAUUCAGCGGCGCCGAUUACAGUUGGCUAGGCUCGAUUUUCUACUUUGGCUAUCUCUUCGCCACGCCCGUGCACGGGAUCCUCUUCCAGAAACUCCCGCUCGGACGCUACCUCGCAGCCUGCAUCAUUCUGUGGGGCACGGUGCUCGCGCUGCACGCCGCGGCAUUUAAUUAUGCUGGCCUCGUUGUCUGUCGCCUGUUCCUCGGUAUCUUUGAGGCCGCAGUCACCCCGGGAUUUAUUAUGAUCACUGGCCGUUUCUACCGCCGCAACGAACAGGUCUCGCGCACAGCUAUCUGGUUCUCCUGCAACGGCUGGGCCCAGAUCCUCGGCGGCCUUGUUGCAUACGGCGUGCUCAUGCAGCCAAGCGGGUCGCUGCCCGUCUGGCGAGAAAUGUUCAUCAUCCUCGGCGGUGUCACCAUCCUCCUCGGCAUCGUCGUCCUCGCCUUCUUCCCCUCCUCUCCAGAGACCUUCAAACUGCUCUCUCACCGCGAGAAGCUCAUCGCUGUCGAGCGCAUCCGCGAAAACCAGACGGGCCUGCACAACAAGAAGUUCAAGUGGUACCAGCUGCGUGAGGCCUUCCUCGAUCCUCGCCUCUACCUUCUCUUCUUCUGCAUCCUGACCCUCGAUGUUGCCAACGGUGGCACUAGCAACUUUGGCAGCGCUAUCAUCUCCUCCCUCGGCUAUAACAAAAAGAUCACCGCGCUGCUCGGCAUGGCGACCGGUCUGUCGGAAGUGGUCGCUGUCAUCAUCAUGGUGCUGAUCGCACGCUGGACCAAGACCCGUUCCAUCCCGGGCAUCGCCUGCCUGCUCGUCGCGAUCUUAGGUGCUUCCAUGAUGGUCGGCCUCCCCGCAUCCCAAGCCAAUGCUAAGGUGGCAGGGUACGCAAUGGUCAUGUUCUUCGCCAUGCCGACGCUGCUCCUCUACGCUACGCUCAGCAGCUCCGUUGGAGGUGAGACGAAAAAGGUCACCUUCAACGCCGUCUUCAGCCUUGGCUACGCCGCUGGCAACAUCAUCGGCCCACAAACAUAUCGUGCCAGCGAAGCACCCAACUACCCCAGCGCAAAGGCCGCUAUGCUGGCCUGCUUGUGCGUCGGUGGAGUCUUCUACGUGGCCCUAUUUAUUUACCAUUCCAUCGAGAACAAGCGCCGCGAUAGGCUCUACCCAAUCGAAAGCGCCAAAGAACAGAACGCUACGCAAGAGCUCUCCGAUCUGACGGACUGGGAACGCAAGUCGUUCCGGUACCCGUUGUGAAGGCCGCACGCGAAAUAGGCACUUUGCCUGGAUCACUACUAUUGUAUCCUAGACCAUUGAGAUAUGUUGUACAGUUACCUUUU